GAGAUGUUAUCGCUUCAGAUUGAAGCUCUGGAUCCAGAUAACCGUCCCGUUACGUACUCCCUUGCCAACACCGACGCGCAGGGCUACGUGUUCACGCCAGAUGGACAACUGAACAUCACCAUGACAACCUCCGACAGCAAGACGUUCAAAUUCGUAGCCACCGAUGAGUGCAACGCCAGCGAUACAACGACAGUUACCGUAAAGGCGAUGGAGUGCCCGUGCCAACACGGGGGAACAUGCCAUCCCCACCCCUACCACCCACGGGGAUCUGGCCAGUACGAGUGCGCCUGCCCUGCGGGAUUCAACGGAAGCCGAUGUGAAAGUGACAUUGAUGAUUGCCAAUCUAGCCUUUGUGUCAACGGAACAUGUAUCGAUGGAAUAAACAACUACACUUGCCGAUGUCACGUGGGCUAUAAAGGCGCCCUAUGUGAUGAGAAAGAGCGCAUUUGUGGCGAAGACACGUGUUACCCAGGAGUUAAGUGCAGAGAAAUCCCGGAUGGUGUGUUGUGUCGAUCGUGUCCUGACGGUCUUAUUGGCGACGGGAAGACGUGUAUAGCCCCUGUAACAACAACUCGACCACAGAGCACACAAGACCGUGACCACACGAAUGCUCAAGAGAGUACACCAUCUGGUCCUACGACACAAACUCCUACCGAUACUCUUCCAGGCAUGGGUAAGUCUCAUUAUCAUUCAUCAAUAUAGACCAAAAUGUCAAAACCAAAAAUAUCUACCAUAAAA